GGAACAGUACUUACAACAACAAGAAAUCAAGAAUGAAUGGCCCAAAUGAUAUAAAUGGCAACUGGUCAGGCCGGGCAGGUGGCGUACGCAGCUGCCCUAACAGACGGCCUGAGGCACCCCGCUCUUCUCUCCAAUACGAGCCGGCCUCCCCCGCCACCGAUUCAGCUGAACAUCUCCUUCUCUUUCUUCUCUUCUUCUCCUUUUCUCUCUUCUACCCCCGUCUGGUACUUCGUCUCAUCUUUUGCCCGCAUAUUUCUAUCCCCAUUUGCGUUCGUUGUUUGAUGCUUUUCAAGACUUCUCACGUCCACCUGAUCUUGAUACCCACACUACACACUGCCAGGCCAGCCUCGUAUUUCUGAGUACCAGAUCUCUAAGCGAACGAAGCGUACUCUGUCCAAGUAAAGCUGCCGCCAUGCCUCGCUACCUCCUGGACGACAGUGAGUCCGAGUCGGAGUAUUCCGAAACAGACGAGUCGUAUCGCAGCCCUGGCCGUCAUCGCAUCAAGCGCCAUUCCUUCUCGCGCUCUCGUCGACGCAUAAGCCCCGAUUCAAACAGUUAUCUUAGUCCUAACGUCAUCUCCACCGUCCGGCGGUCGGCGUCCACUGGAAACCGCCGCCGCCCCCGUGAAGAUCCCAUGGUGAUAGUUGAUGUCCAUAACGAUGUCCGCAACAGACAAGAGUCACGCGAUCGUCAUGAUCGCCAUGAACGCCACGACCGCCAUGACCGUCACGAUAAAUUUAUCGAAGAGGAUGAUGAAAUUGAAAUUAUUCGCCCUCAUCGUCGACUGAGGGCUGUCAGUAACGUUUCUGCGCCCCGGACACCCUCUCCCAUCCAGCAGCAGCGUGACUGGGAGUUACUGGUGGACCAGCGCAUUUUGGCCAAAAAUGACAUCCGCCAGGAUCUAGAAAUUGCAAAGCAGAAGCAGGAAAUCGAUCGACUAGAACGACAGCUUGGUAAAUCCAAGGAACGACAUCGUGAGGAUCGACGAGAAUCUCAUUCUCGUCAUCGUUAUGACGAGGUCAUAUAUGAGGACGACCUUGCUGACAAAUUGCGCAAGCUGGAACGACUGGAGAAAUUGAAACGAAAUGAAGAAGAACAGCGUCUUGCAGACCAGCGAGCAAAGAUCAAAAGGUUGGAGGAAGCAGAGCGCAGGGCGGCCGAGGAGGAAGAGGCGAAGCGCCUUGCGCAUGAGGCGCAUUUGAAAGAAAUCGAGAAGCGUGAAGCGAUCAAGGCCGAAAAGGAACGUAUAAAGAAAGAACUGAGAGAUGAGGAGGCCCGCAAAGCACUUGAAGAAGAGGAACGCAAGAAAGAAAUGAUGAAACUCGAAGCCCAAGCUAUCGAAAAGUGGAAGCGGAACGAGGAAGCUAAGCGGAUGAGAGAAAUUGAAGAGAAGAAGAAAAAGGAUGACGAAUUCCGCGAAAGACUCAAGGCCGAUUUCGGACUCACCGAGGAAGAAAUUGAAAAGAGGCUGAAGAAGAAGGACGAGGACGAGAAAAAGAAGCAUGGUGAAAGUGGUCUCGUGAUUUUGGAUCCAGGACGGGAGAAAACUACAUAUAUCAAAGUACAUAAGAAGUAUUUGCUGCCUCAAACACUUGAAGCAUAUCGCCUGCCUUGGGACUGGGAUAAUGUAAGUUUCCCUUCAUUUCUGCUAUUAUACAUACUAAUCCAGCUUUAGCGCGACCCCAACUUCAUUAUUAU